AUGUUACCCAUCAGAGCUAGCGAGCCCAAGAAGAAAAGUCUGGUGCCCAACUUGAUAGAAAAGGGCCUGAUUGUCCUCCGGAAGGUGGCCAGCCGGGACGAACAGGCCCCAGAAUGGAAAUUCAGCCAACAGCAGCGCUCCCACAGCAAGUCGGCUCAGGCCAUCUGCCACUACUACAAGAAGCUGAGAGACUUCAACCAGGACGCCAGCCCCCAGGACAGCGGCUUCAUGUCCGAAAUGGAGGAGCUUCGGCGCAAGUUCCUCAAGCGUCCCGGCUGCCCGCAGUUCAGCACCAGGUCCACAUCCAUAAGCCACUAUGGUUCAGCCAUGACCCUCUCUCUGCCUGAAGACACAGGCGUCAGCCCUGAGACCUGGAAGGGGGCCGAGAACCUGCUCUCCAGCCAACAAGGCUUGGACGUGAAGGUGGACGGCCGCCUCCUUCCCCUUAGCAAGAGUGCCUGUGAAUUCAACUACCUGCGGAAGAAGAGCGAGUCCCAGGUGCUGAGCCCGACCUCCAGCAGCCCCGACCUGGGGCAGAGCUACCCGAGGAAGCGGGUACCCUGGUACAUCUCCGUCAUCCAUGAGAAGGAAGUCCAACGCCUCUUGGAGAUGGAAGCGCAGGUUCAGAAGAGACAGGAAGAGAUCCUGGCUCUCCAGGAGGAGAGGGAGGCCCUGAGGAAGCAGCUGAAAUGCCUCCUGAAGAGCAAGAGCCUGGAGGCCGUGCCCAGCCAUGUCUUGCAGGAGUGGCCGUCAGAGUUUGUGCCAAAGCUGCAGGGGAGACAGAGCACCCUCAGAACCUUCCGAGAUGAGGAGGACGCGGAGCACUGGCGGCAGCUGCAGGAAGAGUGCGACAGAGGCAAGGAGCUGGAAGGAGGCGACUACGAGGAGGAAGAGCAUCCGGAAGGGCAGGCCAAGAGGGCAGCGGACAAGGGGGCGAGGGCUAGAGCCAGCAGGAGGGAAACUCUACAGGAGAACAGAAGCGAGGAGGAGGCAGUGGAGGAAGAGGACAAGGAGGAGGUGAUGGAGCUGGAUGAGGAGAAGGAGCUGCAGGAGGAGGAGGCCAUGGCCAGGAGGCGGGGCGGAUUCGUGGACGACACCUUUGAGGAGGAGCUGAUGGCCCAGCUGGAGGAGUACGAGCAGGUGAUCCAGGAGUUCCAGUUCCAGCUUGAGAUCACCAGGACCAGAUACUCCCUGGCAACAGGAGCCAUCAAGUCUUUACAGCGACAGGUGGAAUUCCAAGAGUCGCAAUUGCUGAAAAUCAACACGGAGAAUGAGAUGCUGCAGAAGGAGCUGCGAGAGCGGAAGAAACAGCUGCAGGCCAUGUCUGACAAGUUCUCCAACCUCCGGGAAGACAAGAAGUACCAGGAGAUGAUGGGCCUCAUCGAGAACAACAACCUCCUCCUCAGACAGCAAGUGUCGGAGCUGGAGAGUGAACUGGCCAAGAGGGAAAAGACCAUCUUGGAGCUGGAGGCCAAGGUCAACCAGCUGCAGGACCAGGUGAAUCAGAGCCAAAACCACCUGCAGAGGUGGAAGCAGCUCCAGGAGGAGAUGCAGAACAAGAAUGAGAUGAUCCAGCACGCAGAGCAGCAGGCCCGCGAGGCCCUGGAAUAUGCACAGGCCAGGCUUGAAAGACUGAGGAACAAGAUCAUCCAGGCCACCUUCAACACCAUAGGGAUCAAGAACUUGGCCACUGAGAUCUCUGACAAUGACAUCCUGGAAGGCUUGCAGAGGAUCAUCUCAGACAGAAUAGACUACUACAACCAGCUGAAACAGAAGGGGGUCAAGGUGCCCCCCCUGCAGCAGAUGGAGAUCUUAUCCUCACCCAACAAGUCCAAGAAGAUAAGCUCCAAGGAGGCCCAGCUCAGACCCUAGGUGCAGCCAGCACAGCAGAGGCCAGGGCCCAGCCUGGGUGCACCCUGGGCGCCCC